AUGCCUAAACAAUCCCAAAACAGCCUGAUCUACUUCUUUGCUGUAAAUGAUGGUGGACAGCCUACUGCUGAUAGUGGAACUGCAAUGCAGCUUGAAAGAAAUCAGCAGUGUAGUUAUACGAGAAUGGGAACUUGUGAACCGCGGUUCCUUGCUUUAAAUACAUCCACACAGCUAAGUGAUUUCAAAUGUGGCAUAAGCAAGUUUACUAACACACCACCAAAGUCAAGAAUCUUACUUAUCACAUUAUCAUUUUGUGGAAAGCUUUGCGGACAAGCCUGCAGUUUGCUUCCAGCCAAUGAAGGCUUUCAUGAAGCAACAACUUUGUGCAGGGUGUCUACCUCUCCAGUUUCCACCUGCUGGGCUCCUCCAUCUCACAGUUUUCUUCAUGUUGAUUUUCGUCACUGCUCAGAGUUUUUGGCCACUUGUGAUCAUAAAAUGAACAAAAGUACUUAUUUGGUGCAUUACAGGGUCUCUGCGGCUAUUUACCAGCAGAGCUGCUUUAUAAAUUAUUCACAAGUAGAAUUGCAUAAAAAUAAUGUUCCAAAUCAAAAAAAUUACAUUGGCUUAAUGGUACGUACGACCAGACGGGGUUUUCAGCCUCCACUCCGCAUUUAUUUAGAAGUGGGUUGUCUUGCGAAGUCUACUUUAAUUGGACAUUUCAUUUCCAUGGGACCGGUGUGUUUAAAAUUGGCUAGUUUACUAAUUUGUGUAUCUAUACCUUCUCAUUACCGAAAAAGUUAA